AUGUUGUUAGGGGAGCGCCUUGUGUCUCAAAAUAAGCCUAUUGAUGUUUUCAAGGUUGAGACUAGGGCUCGCAUAGCAUAUAUAAAGUCCACAGCCGCAAACAUCAUCGAGGCGCCAGAUUCGGCACCCCCGACGUGGUGGAGCUACGGAACUGACUCCAGUUAA